AGAACAGUCAGCAACACCGGUAAUAUAUAACUGAUAAUCUUUAUUCGUUCAAUGAUAUUUUGAUAUUUCUUUAUUUAUUUCUAAGGAACUUUGGAAAUUAGGAAAAUUGAAUCAUAUCGCGUUAGCUGUACCAGAUCUUGAUGAAGCAAGUAGUUUUUACAAAAAUGUACUAAAAGCAAAAUCAGUUUCAGGAGCUGUUCUAUUACAUCCAUUAGGAGAUAAAAGUCCAAUAGCAAAGUUUUUGGAGAAAAAUAAAUCGGGUGGAAUACAUCACAUAUGUAUCGAAGUCGAUAAUCUUGAUGAAGCAAUUAAAUCCAUUGAACAACAAAGUAUCCGUUGUCUUAGUGAAAAACCACAAACUGGUGCACAUGGUAAACCCGUGAUGUUUCUUCAUCCUAAAGAUUGUGCUGGAACAUUGAUUGAACUUGAACAAGCUUAA